UCGUGACCCGGAGUAAAGCAGUGCGAUAGCUCAAGUUUUGUUUAUUUUGCUACGCUCCAUUGUGAAAAAUCGAUUAAAAUUAUCUAAAUUUAUGAAACGGCACAUACAAUUGCGACUGUUGGAUUGCAAAGUUCAGUAUAUACUGUUCAAUCACUGAUAAACUAAGGAAAACUUUGUUUUAUUACGCCACUGCUUAACGGUGAAAAGUGCGAAGCCCGAAUUCGGAACGUCAAAUUAGGUGCAAAUAUCGCGUCAAGUUUUCCCCCUCCGCUCGAGGGAAUUCGGUGUACAACCUUGUGACCGACGAGGUUUAUACUAUUAAUUAUUGAAUAAAUAAAGUGUCUCUCACUUGUGCUGAUAGGUACGGAUUUCGGUUCACCGGCUACAAAUAACGCAAACGGGAUCUAGCGCACCGACAUCAGGAUGCCGUUGAAGUCGGCCCAAAGGAGGCCCUCGCAUCGUACUCCCUCGAUGCAGAAGCUGGGAAAAGGUGAACCCGUUGACAACGACGAAUUCGAGUCAUGGGUCAAGGCGAAGCAACUGUUGAAACCGGAUGAUCAACUGGAUCUCACCGAAGCCGAACUGGGCGAGGAGGUUCCCAAGCUUCUGUCGACGGAAAACCGGCAUCUUCCGCGCAAUUUGGUCAUCUUUAAUUUUCACGACGGUACCUAUGUUCCUGUUCCUCCACCGGAGAAUACUGUAACCCUGUUGGAGUUUGAAGGAACGGCUUUGCAUAAGGAGACACCAGAGGCAAAAGAACAAAUUGCCCGCAAAGGCAGUGAUGAACUGAACGUCACCUUAGACAAACCGGCUGAAGUCAGUCCCGAAGAGGAGAAAGUUUUAACGCCCAAGUCUGUGACACCGGACGGCGAUGAAACUGAACGUGACGAAGAUGAAACCGAAGCUGAAGCGGAAGCUCAGGAACAAGAGGAAGAGGUACAAACAGCACCGGAAGAGGAAGCCCCGAAAAAGAAAUUGACCAAUCAGUUUAACUUUUGCGAACGUGCGGCGUUAACAAUCGCAAAUCCAUCGAGAGCCGUCGAUACUCAAACCAUUCCACCGCCGCGGUCUACGUUCGGAGCGAGCGUGCUGCAGUGGGUGAUUUACGACUCAUACGCCGAGGAUUAUGCCCAGCAGCAGCGCGAAAAGGAACGGGAGAAGGAAAAGAAACCGACGCUGCACAAGCGGGACGAAAAAUCACGCAAGGACGACAAGGCAAAGCAAACGGAGGAGUUUAAUAAGCGCUACUUGCAAGCAUGCCAGAUCAUCGAGCGGAUGGUUAAUCAGAACAUUUAUGACGAAAUCGCUCAGGACUAUCGCUACUGGGAGGACCCGUCGGAUGAGUUCCGCGAAGAGGAAGGCACGUUGCUUCCGCUGUGGAAGUUCUCAUACGAAAAAACCAAGAAGAUGUGCGUCACCGAUUUGUGCUUUAACACACUGUACUAUGAUCUAUUUGCCGUGUGCUUUGGAACAUUGGAUUUCAUGAAGCAAGGAAACGAGGGAGCCGUCUGCUUGUUCACAAUAAAAAACCCAUCAUUUCCUGACUACAGAAUAACGACCGAGAGUGGGGCAAUGUGCUGCGAUAUUCACCCCAAAUAUCCGUACCUGAUAGCCAUCGGCCUUUACGAUGGAAAUGUGAUCGUGUACAACCUACAGGUGGGCACUAAGGAGCCGGUGUACAUGUCCCACGGUGUCAACGGGAAGCACUCAGAGUGCGUUUGGGAACUCAAGUGGGGACCGGAUAUGCAGGAUGGAGAGAUUAAUUUCUAUUCGGUUUCCGGCGAUGGGCGCGUGUUCAACUGGGUGUUGAUGCAAAACAAGCUGGCAAUUACCACGAUUAUAUCGCUAUUUCUGGAUAUCGAUCAGGUCGGCGGUCCUGACGGUAGCAGCCUGAAGCUGAAGGGCUGUGGCAUGUGUAUGGUUUUCCAUCCAAACAACCCGGAGAUAUUCCUGGUUGGUACCGAAGAGGGCUAUAUUUUCAAAUGCAGUACGGCGUACAGUUCAAAAUAUCUGAUGACCUAUUACGCUCAUUAUCUGUCGGUGCACCGGAUGGACUAUAACAAAUUUAAUUCGAACAUUUUCGCAUCCUGCAGCGGAGACUGGCGCGUUAAAAUAUGGGAGGACAUGAGACCCGAACCGCUGUUCAUUUUCGACCUGGGUGCCUCGGUGGGUGAUGUCAAGUGGGCACCGUACUCCAGCACCGUGUUUGCUGCCGUUACCACCGAAGGGAAGGUGUUCGUAUUCGACCUGAACGUGAACAAGUACAAGGCGAUCUGUAUUCAGGCGGUCGUUUCAAAGCGAAAGAACAAAUUGUCCCGGUUGGCGUUCAACCAUAAGCUACCGUUCAUCAUUGUCGGGGAUGACAAGGGUACAACGAUUACGUUGAAACUGUCGCCGAAUUUGCGCAUCAAAACAAAGGCACCGAAAAAAGCUGUUCCAGUGGAUCCGCACAUGCUAGAGGUACAGAAGCUGGACCGGCUGCUGUCACUGGUGCGGGAGCUCCCCGAGGGAGAAAUGGUUAAGGAAACGGUUUCCACAGUGGCAUCAAACUAACUGCUCACAACAAGACAGCGGAGAUGGUGUGCGUUCCGAAGGAAGCAAAAAAAAAACACAAGCACGUUAUGACGUUUCUAGAGUAAAUAAUAAAUUAUGUUUUUAUUGCGGUUUUAUGGAAAUAUUUAUUUAUUGUACAUUAGUGCAAUUGGAAGGAUUUUCAACUAGUAACUUUACAAAAUACUGCCCUAAGCAUUGUUUGAAGCUUAAAAGAUGUGGUUGAAUCUGUAAACAUUUUAUGUUGAGUGUCCAACUGUUGUUAUCAAUUUUUAGUUAUUAAUUUGUACAAUUUGUAUUCUCAUAGAAAGGUAAGUUCUGUAUGCUGUAGCUAUUACUAUUUAUUUGAAACGCCUAAUAAAUUCUUAUUACCUGUUAA